UGACGUGAACGCACGAGUACAUCAUUGAUUUUUAUUUUAACAUGAGAGUGUUAAUGAGUAUUUUAACUAAUUAAAAAUUAACAAGGGAAAUUUUUUUAAGUUAAGGGAAAUUAUUUUAAGUGUAAAGACGUUGAUUAGUUUAAUUCAUCACAUACAAAAUACUAUUUAAAUAGGACUAUACUCAUUUUAACAAUGGAAAUGACACUAGUUGUGGUGAUUUUUGCAUCGUUUUUAAGUUUAUUUUCAAGUAGUGUGGAAAGCUCGGACAUAAACUGUCCAGACCUUAAAAAAAUACCACUUAUAGGUUCAGUUUUAGUUAUGAGUUCUGGAACGAACCGUAAUUUGCAAGUGAGUUUUUAUCUCUCCACCAAAAAAAAUAGUGAGCCGGUGGAAUUAGCUUUCACAGAUUGGACAGGUUUGCAAAACCUAGAACUUUCUAAAAAGACAAUCAUCAUCAUUCAUGGCUAUAAAUCUGGUGGAAGAAAACGUUGGGUACUGCAACUGAAAGAUAAACUUCUUGAUUUUCAAAACGCUAAUGUUAUAUUAGUUGACUGGAGUCAAGGCAGUUACAGCAAAAAUUACGUUAGUGCGGCUAAAAAUACUGAAAUAGUUUCUAAUAGGCUACUCAAUUUUCUUCAGUCGGCAAAGGCACAAGUUGAAGUUUCUAACUACACGUCCAUGGAAAUUUCGUGGAAUCAUUUACAUUUUAUUGGACAUAGUCUUGGAGCCCAAAUAAGUGGCCAAACUGCUCAUUUACUAAAAGACGAUCCAUUUUGGAAAGUCGAACGGAUCACUGGCUUAGAUCCAGCAAAGCCUUGCUUCAAAGAGCUUGGAACAUUUUUAAGGCUUGAUAAAGAGGAUGCUACGUUCGUAGAUAUAAUUCAUACUCAAGUAGGAACUGGGGGGAAAACUGAUGGACUUGGUUUAAAAGAAGAUAUUGGUCAUGUCGACUUUUACGUAAAUGGAGGAGUUGUUCAACCCGAAUGCACAGGAUCGUCUUUUACUCCAAAAUGGAAUACGAUGAUUUGCAGUCAUAAGCUUGCCUACAAGUACUUUACUGAAUCCAUAUCUGAUGCCAUUAAUAAUACCUGUAAAUUUUUGGGUUACCCCUGGAAUGGAUCGUCUGAUGAUGCAUUGCAAAUUUUAAACUCUAAAAUAGUGGAUUUGCCUUGUCCAGGGUGUCCAGAAAUGGGAAUAAAUGCUGUAAGAAGUAGCCAAAGAGGCAAAUUUUUAGUGAUAGCAGCUGCAAAAGAACCACAUUGCCAAUUCACAAUUCAAGACGUACAGAGUGUUGCAAAGGUUAUAAAGCGAUUAAAGGAUUAGAUAUUAACUUUCUAAGUACAGAAAAAACUUCACAAUUAAAAGGAUGUACGUCACCCAUAGUGAACUAUUAAUUGUACAAAAAUCGGAAAAUACAGUAUUUAUUAAAUAUUAUUGUU